CUCCCUCGCGCCAUCCUCUCCCCCUCGAUUUAUGCCCUCUUCCUCUAAUCGGUGAGAGAGAGAGAGAGAGAGAGAGAGAGAGCGAUGGAAGGAUAAAACAAGCCGUCGUCUUCGAUCGCCGAUGAACUCGCAUCGAUCGAUUCGUCCUUUGCUUCCUUGUCUUCGUCAUUGUCGCCUAACUACUUUCAGCACUGUCUUCCCUCCUCCUUCCACGGUGAUAGCGAAACAUUCGUCGCCAGGCGACUUGUACCGGACCUUGAACAGGCAAAGCACUGAUGGCCAGAUCGGGAACGCUCAGAACGCAGCUGCAGAUGUCAUGUCUCGGGGUAGUCCAACCAGAGGGCAAACAACACAGGGCAAGGAUGGUAAGCCUGUCUAUCCCAAUGAAUCAGAAGAAUCAGCCUGUUUUGGCUCGUCCGUGCACUAUGGUGGUCGAGAUUUCUCUGUCAGCUCUCCAUCAGACCGAAUCUCUGGAGCAACAAAAAGUUAUAAAACUAAUGAAGGGAACAAACCAGGCGACACAAACAUUGCCACUAGAAGUGAAUGGUGGCAAGGUUCCCUAUAUUACUGAAGACAUUGACCUUAUCAGAAUGCUCUAUGUUUUUAGAGGAAGAAGGACCUUGCAAGCUACUAUUAUUUCAGCAAUCAGGUCUCAUGUGGUUCCUUCUUGCGGGCAUCAGCUCAAACAACCGUUUAAUCUUGGUCUCUCACAAGUUGCCAGGGCAGCACCUCUCCCUGCGAGAAACCUCGCCCUGAGCAUGUCGCGACGCGGAAGCACAUGGCGCCACAUGAGGAAUAAAGGAAAAAGGAAAAACAGCUCAGGGCCCAGCUGUUCGUGAAGUUGUCACUGGGAACAUCGACGCUUUGACUCGAGGUGCCAACCUGAGCUUAGUAGUUCAGAGGAGACAGCUGCACGACAACUAUCGACGCUUGGUUUAGUGCAGCUCCAGCCUAACUUCAAUCUGAAAGUAUGAUGUUUGGGUACUUGAAGAGGGGUCAGGGUCCUACAGACUCUCAAGUACCAUGGGCAAAGUUACCCUGCCACAUCCUGGUUGAGGUAGAAGCCAGAGCAAGGGGAAACCAGGUUGGCAUGUCACACCGACAUUUGGGUGGAACUUGGCGAUGAAGACUUGCGACAAAAAAAUAGGAAGAUGGGGAGGUUUCAAGCAAAGAUGAUGAUGACGCCAAUGACCGAGCUUAUGCUCAGAGAUUGCUUAACAAAGAAGUUGAGGAGGACAUGAAAUGAUAGGUUGUGCGACGUACCCAUGGAAACACAUUGAUGAAUGCACAUAGAAAGCAUAUGGGAA